UCUUUUCUUUUCCAUCUCAGACACACAACCUGGAAGCCUUUUGUAGGUCCUUGCGUACAGACAAACAUCUCUCUUGGGCAAAGAGGGCUGAAUGGCCAGCUGGGGUCAUUCCUAGGCUACAGGAACAGUCCUAUGAAUGAAAAGGCAUUUGGAGAGCCACAAGAUUCCUCGGAUCCCUUUGGAGUUGCAUUACAGGACAGAGAAAGAAUGGAAACACAACCCUUAUCAAGUGAGUCCUUUGUUGUGGACAUCAGAGAUCCUGAGGGAAGGAGGAAUCCAUCCAGUCCCCCUCAGGAGCUGUCUUUCAGGAGGAUCUCUCAAGAAGAUCCAAGUCAUGACACCUCAGGAGGAAAGACUCGAACGAAGUUGUCCGCUCUUUCUGGUGGAGCUGAAACAGGGGCUGAACCUCCAGCUCAACGAAUGGCUCAGACUACUAGCACCUUUCUUGCAGUCUGAGGAGGAGGAGAACCCGGCUUGUGUGCUUCUGGAUAUUGAUGGCCCCCCACCCAAAUCCCUGGCUGUGCUCUCCCAGCACUUUCAUGGAGUUCUUGAGCAUGGGCACGAUUGCUCCUUCUGGGGACACCGUAAGCCCUUUGCUGAAAUGCUAGAAAGAAUCCCCCUGCCCCCCAAUUUCCUUCUGCAAGCACAGGAAGGAUUGGAGACACUGAUAGGUGGGGUUGCUGAAGCCCAUCUGCCAGUUCCUUCUCUCAAGAAGGUGAGAGUCCUUUCAACAUGGGUGAAUGGAUCAAAUGAUGGAUCGAUCCAGAAGGAAAUUUGGGUUGUUAUCACUGAAUGGCACUGAGAGGCCUGUAGAAGCAAUCGAGUUGAACAACCCCGCCUCAAAUAUUUCUUCAGUCAAAGUUUUGGCUCUUUCCAUUUUCUCACCUAAACCUUGGAAUCCCACAAAGCCCAGCCAUUCAACUUGGUGCAUAUCUUUGCUUUCGCAAUUUGUGAAGAACAGGACAGUUCUUGCAAAUCCUCCGGGCCUGUUCUGUUCUUUUUUCU